UUAGGCAGUCAAGGGCAGUUUCCACUCACACAGAAUGUAACGGUUGUAGAAGGCGGAACUGCAAUUUUGACCUGCAGGGUUGAUCAAAAUGAUAAUACCUCCCUCCAGUGGUCAAAUCCAGCCCAGCAGACUCUGUACUUUGAUGACAAGAAAGCUUUAAGAGACAAUAGGAUCGAGCUGGUUCGCGCUUCCUGGCAUGAAUUGAGCAUCAGUGUCAGUGAUGUAUCUCUCUCCGAUGAAGGACAGUACACCUGUUCCUUAUUUACAAUGCCUGUCAAAACUUCCAAGGCUUAUCUCACUGUUUUGGGUGUUCCAGAGAAGCCUCAAAUUAGUGGAUUCUCUUCACCUGUUAUGGAGGGAGACUUGAUGCAGUUGACUUGCAAAACAUCUGGCAGUAAACCCGCAGCUGAUAUAAGAUGGUUCAAAAAUGACAAGGAAAUUAAAGAUGUAAAAUACUUGAAGGAAGAAGAUGCGAACCGCAAGACGUUCACUGUCAGCAGCACACUGGAUUUCCGAGUGGACCGGAGUGACGAUGGAGUUGCUGUGAUCUGCAGAGUAGACCACGAGUCCCUCAACGCCACCCCUCAAGUAGCCAUGCAGGUGCUAGAAAUACACUAUACACCUUCAGUUAAGAUUAUACCAUCUACUCCUUUUCCACAAGAAGGGCAGUCUUUAACUUUGACUUGUGAAUCCAAAGGAAAACCACUGCCAGAACCUGUGUUGUGGACAAAAGAUGGCGGAGAGCUACCGGAUCCUGAUCGAAUGGUUGUGAGUGGCAGAGAGCUCAACAUUCUGUUCCUGAACAAGACUGACAAUGGCACAUACCGAUGCGAAGCCACAAACACCAUUGGCCAAAGCAGCGCGGAAUACGUCCUCAUCGUCCAUGAUCCCAAUUCCCUGGCUGGCCAGAAUGGUCCUGACCACGCCCUCAUAGGAGGAAUAGUGGCAGUAGUUGUGUUUGUCACACUCUGUUCUAUAUUUUUGCUUGGUCGAUAUCUGGCAAGACAUAAAGGAACCUAUCUAACGAAUGAAGCUAAAGGAGCUGAAGAUGCGCCCGAUGCUGACACAGCCAUUAUCAAUGCUGAAGGCAGCCAAGUCAAUGCGGAAGAGAAAAAAGAGUAUUUCAUUUAAAAUUCAGGCCACAGUUCUGAGUUUUCCUUACCCGGCUGGCUGCUGGAGAAAACUGGCUAUCAUCUUUCAGAAAAUCAUUCCUACCAUCUUCUGCUACUUUUAUUAACAUCCAUACUGUACUGCUAUCAGUAGCCAGUGUAUGCCAACAAUCAGUUGUUGAAAAGCAUCAUUUUUAAUUACAGUACCAUCCAUAAUGCAGGACAUUCCUACUGCCUAAAUUUCACACCAUUGCUGUUUUAACACACAGUGCUUGAAUAUACAGCCUUAACAAUGUUAAUCAUCUCCUCUGAUCAUGAUAUUGAGUUGUUUUUAUACAUUGAAAAAAAAUGUAUGCAGCGGUUCCCCACCCUCCAUGCUUUUAUUUAAAUCAUAGAAUUUAUUGGUUUACCAUUGGACAGCUUUCACAGUAACAAGAUUAGGUAAAGACCUAAUAUACUUAAGUUUAAUCGAAGAUUAGAGGUUUACAAUGUUUUCUACUUGUCUAUCUUCAAAGACAUGUUUUGGAAACAUAUGCCCUAGAAAACACAAUCUGAAAACACUGUAGUGUAGUUUACUGAGUGUUUGAGAUUAUACUGGUAAUGCUGUAUCAAUUUACUAUUUAACAAAUUGAGAGUUUGAUACAGGAGCCAUGUGUAUGGAUAUAAUCAUGACAUGAUAUCUUAUAGAACUAUAUAGACCCUAUCAUUAGGUUACUGUAGCUUCAUUUACCAAUAAAUUAUUCCAAACGUGUAACUACUUUGGGAAUCACAAUAAUUUCAUUCAUUUCUCUCUUUGAAACUAUAAUUUAUUUGCUCCAUCCAGACUCACCUGCCUAAACAAAACCGAAGUAUCCAUAGGGCACAAUUUUGAGACAUUUUAGUAUCUGUAUAUAGUGCAUAUAAUAAAUCCAAUUAAACAUUAUUUGAUACAUAUUUAACUUUUUUGGCUGUAGGUUAUUCAGUCAUAAGUAAGCAUUUUCUAAUGUCCAUUCGAUCUCUUUAGAUAUUACUUAAGUCAAUAUUAUGAGUAGAUAACAUGUAUUAGUAUUUUUGUCUGUAUGUCCUCGCACUGUUCAACAACAAAUUUUUCUAGUUCUUGUUAAUUUUUAUUUGUUAUACAACGGAAGCACAAUGUUCUAAGGAAAGGUAAUUUUAAGCUAACAACCAGUGCACAGCCUCAGGUUUUCAAUUACAACCACAGUUGAAUAAUAACCUAAAAAUAAACUUUUAGUUUGCUAAAAACUUACAAAAUUUGAUUUGGCAGUUCUAGAUCUGCUAACCUAUGUUGAUUUGCCAAAAAAGUGUUCAAGAUAUGUUUUCUGUAUAAAUGAACUAAUUCUUUAUAUUAAAUUCCUGUCUAUGCAUUUUGUGAGGUACAAACUUAUGACACAGUGAGUGAUAGAGAAAUUCUGCCAUGCUUUUAACUCCAAGGUGAAAGUCUCUUUCUCUGGAUUAUUUAAAAACAAUUGUGUAUUUAACCACUAUGAAAUGCUGUAUUCUUAAAUAUGACACAGAGUCAGUCUAAAGUCUUAUUUCUUCUAGUAAAAUGCAAUAUCACUAGAUUAGUUUUCAGUAAAUUUCUAUUAUGCUAAAUUAAAAAUCCAGUUAGAUUAAAAAUAUUUUCCCAAUUAUAAGCACUGCACCUUUAAGAAAAAAACAAAUAUGACAAAAAUGGUUGCUAUUCUUAUGACAUCUGACAGUAUGAUGGCUUAGGGUUUUAAAAACAAUACCUUGGAAUAUAUUUUUGCGGGGAAUGAUAAUGGUUGAGUACAACAUCAUGUAUUAAUACAAAAUGAAAGACGAAGGUGCUGUAUCUUAGGUUAUUUAUCAGAAAAGUAUAAACCUUUAAGGAUAAUGUUAGAAUUUUUCAGGGUUUUUUGUUGUUUUUUGAUUGUUGAAGCAUUUAUCUUGUUGAUUUCGUACAAGAGAUAAAGGACGAUGUCAGUCAAGCAGCACUUUUUUCAAAAUAUACAGAACAUAAAUAAUAUGAUGUGGUUGAGUGUUAACAUAAUAAAUCAUAUACAGUAUGACAUUUUAAG